AUGUCGUCGACAUUCCAUUUGCGUUGGAGCCCUCAUGAGACCAUCAAAAUAACGAUAGCAGUAAACCAAGAACAAGUCGAUGAAGGCAUAAAAGCACUAGUGUCAAACCAUCACAACCGCACAAGAUCGAUCGGCUUGGACGUCAUAACAAAGCGAGAUCCAUGGACAAACACCGCAAAGGCUAUGCUUCUCCAGCUCAGUGAUGGUAUCCAAUGCUUAAUAAUCCGGCUUCAUUGCCUUGAUGCCGAUACCUUACCCGAAUCUCUCUACAACUUUCUCAGCUUGCCUGCUUUUACGUUCUCUCGUUUUGGAAUUGAAGAUACAAUGUCUCUCCUCAAGAAAGAUUAUUGUUUAUCUUGCAAGAACACCCUCGAAGUUGGACGCUCUGUGUGGUACCAUCCAAAGAAAUCUGUGACUGAUACGCUUUGGUCUAUGCUUAUACCAUCAUCUAGUUGUAUCUCUGAUGUUUGGGAUGCAGAAAUUGAUCUCGCGGAUGAAAUGGUCCACGUUGCUGCCUCAAAUGCCUUUGGUGCAUUUCGUCUUGGAGAAAAAUUCCGUUAUUAA